ACUCAUAUCCUAUCUAUCCACCUAUCAUCUAUCCAUCUAUCUAUCAUCUAUCAUCUAUCUAUCUAUCUAUCUAUCAUCUAUCUAUCUAUCAUCUACCUACCAACCCACCUGAGUACCGAUCUCUAUUUUUAAGCCCACACCCAUUUGUUCUGCCAAUAGAUUCGUGGGUGUGAACUCAUUCUGCAGUGUUUGGCUUAGGAUCCUAAGGAAAACUGACUUUACUGUUCCCUGUCCAUAGCUCCUGAGCCAGCUGGAGCUCAUGAGCCCCUCCCCCAUCCAUGAGAAUGUUGACUGCCUUGCUCUUGGCAGGCAACUGUGCCUGCUGUGAGUUCAGAAGCACAGCUGUCCCGUCAUGUCGGGGAGAUACUGCUUCGCUGCUGUCCUCCCAGAUUUCUGGAUCUUACAGUAUUUCCUUCCUAUUCUCCGCCUGGGUGAGAAGAGCCACGCUUAAGCCCCUGGGAACCCACGCAGCCAAGGGGAGACUUGGGAGGGGCUUUCUAGGUCCUUCCUGACUCCUGGAGAGCUAGGGAAACACCUCAGAGAUUCAGGACACCAUGGAACAGGUGGACCAGGGGAGGGAGGAAGGGGGACAGCAGCCACAAGUACACGAGUGAACCCAGAAGAUUCCACUCUGGAUGCCAGGGGAGGCCUGGAAAUACUCAGUGUGAGAUUCCCAAAAGGCCUCUGGUGGGCCAAGAUCCCCAGCCUGCACACUACUUCCUCUGUGAUGUCACUGAACAGUGUGACAUCAUCAGAGGCUCUGGAAACAGUAACCAACCCCUGGGGAGCCUCACACCUCAGUACCAUCUCAGAGGGGCCCAAGGAAGCCAGGCCAUGAGAUCUUAGGCCAUGUCGAAACGUGACGUCGUCCUCACCAAUGUCACUGUUGUCCAGCUACUGAGGCAGCCAUGCCCGGUGCAAAGGGCUCCACCUCCACCUGAGCCCAAAGUUGAGGAGCCACCGCCACCACCACCAUCGCCUCCACCCCGGGUAGAGCCAGUCAAAGAGGUUCCACCUCCCCCUCCACCACCACCCAAAAAGCCAUCAAAAGAGCUGACAGUGGGCAUCAAUGGAUUUGGACGUAUUGGUCGCCUGGUUCUGCGAGUCUGCAUGGAGAAGGGUGUUAAGGUGGUGGCAGUGAACGAUCCAUUCAUUGACCCAGAAUACAUGGUAUACAUGUUCAAAUAUGACUCGACGCAUGGGAGAUACAAAGGAAGUGUGGAGCAUAAGAACGGACGGCUAAUUGUGGAUGACCUUGAGAUCCACGUGUACCAGUGCAAAGAUCCCAAAGACAUUCCUUGGAGUUCUGUAGGGAAUCCCUAUGUGGUGGAGUCUACAGGCGUAUACCUGUCCACAGAGGCGGCUUCGGCACACAUCUCAGCCGGAGCCCAGCGCGUAGUAGUCACUGCGCCCUCCCCCGAUGCGCCCAUGUUGGUCAUGGGUGUGAAUGAGAAGGAGUAUAAUCCUUGCUCUAUGAACGUCGUCAGCAAUGCAUCCUGUACCACCAACUGCCUGGCCCCCCUCGCAAAGGUUAUUCAUGAACGCUUUGGGAUCGUGGAAGGACUGAUGACCACAGUGCAUUCCUACACAGCCACUCAGAAGACAGUGGACGGGCCGUCAAAGAAGGACUGGCGAGGUGGACGCGGUGCUCACCAGAACAUCAUUCCAUCCUCCACCGGGGCUGCCAGUGCCGUAGGCAAAGUCAUCCCAGAGCUCAAAGGGAAGUUAACGGGAAUGGCAUUCCGGGUGCCAACCCCAGAUGUAUCUGUUGUGGACCUGACCUGCCGCCUGGCCCAGCCUACCUCCUACUCGGCUAUCAAGGAAGCUGUGAAAGAGGCAGCCAAGGGGCCCUUGGCUGGCAUCCUUGCUUACACAGAGGACCAGGUGGUUUCCACGGACUUUACCGGCGAUCCCCAUUCGUCUAUCUUCGAUGCUAAGGCUGGCAUUGCCCUCAAUGACAACUUUGUUAAACUCAUUUCCUGGUACGACAACGAAUAUGGCUACAGUAACCGGGUGGUCGACCUCCUCCGCUACAUGUUUAGCCGAGAGAAGUAA